GCUGUAAAACCAGGGGCUCCUGCUGAGUCAUGGGCUGUUGGGGUGCAUUACUGAAGUACAGACACACCAUGAGAUAGAUUAUAUGCCGGGGUCCUUCAAGUGAGGCACUGCAGCAUGAAAUAGCCUUUCUCAAUAUUUACAUAAGGAGAGGAACCGUAUGUGUAGGAGUGGCUAGCUACAUCGCAAUGAUCGCUGCGGCUUUUUUGGUCUUACUAAGACCCUUAAGUAUUCAGUGUGUAUUAUUGCUAUUAUUGCUUUUAAUUGGAACUGUCGCUACAAUCUUGUUUCUCUGUUGCUGGCAUCGGAAGCUGCGCAAUGAGAAAAUCCCCAUAAAAUCGGUGUUUACGAGGCGUUCAAGGAGCCGUGAAGCUGCUCUCCGGACGCAUCACUUUCGCUCCGAGGUCUGUCGUCACAGUCCUCGUCAUGUAAGAAGAUACACGCGCGCGCGUGUUUGCGAAGAGAAAAUCGUUGAGAUCCCGGAGAGCGCGCCGGACGCGUGCCCAACUGUGAGGAGGCGCAAAGUCAAGAAACGAGUCCAGCCGGAGUUUUAUCACUCUGUUCAGCUCACACCAACACGCAAACCAAGCUCCGGGUCCGGAAACGCGUCUCUGCGCUGCUCUAUGUCUUCCUCGGCGGAUUUCUCAGACGAUGAGGACUACAGCGCGAAAUCCGGCACGCUGUCGCCGGCACCGGGUGACACGUUACCGUGGAAUUUACCCAGACACGAGCGCUCGAAGCGGAAGAUCCACGGAGGAUCCGUGCUUGACCCUGCCGAGAGAGCGGUGCUCAGAAUUGCGGAUGAAAGAGACAGAGUCCAGAAAAAGACUUUCACAAAAUGGAUAAAUCAACAUCUUUUAAAGGUACGCAAGCAUGUGAAUGACCUGUAUGAGGAUUUGCGAGAUGGACAUAACCUGAUCUCUCUUCUGGAGGUGUUGUCUGGUGACACACUGCCACGGGAGAAGGGCCGCAUGCGCUUCCAUAGACUCCAGAAUGUACAGAUUUCACUGGACUACUUAAAACGCCGGCAGGUGAAGCUGGUCAACAUCAGGAAUGAUGACAUAACAGAUGGAAACCCAAAACUGACACUGGGUUUAAUAUGGACCAUAAUUCUGCACUUUCAGAUCUCGGACAUCCACGUCACAGGAGAGUCCGAGGAUAUGACAGCCAAGGAGAGACUUCUGCUGUGGUCCAAGCAGAUGACUGAAGGGUAUGUUGGUGUCCGAUGUGACAACUUCACUACCUCGUGGAGGGAUGGACGACUGUUCAACGCUAUUAUACAUAAGUACAGGCCUGAUCUGGUGGACUUAAGCAGAGUACCAUCACAGAGUAGCAGAUCAAACUUAGAACAAGCAUUCGGUGUGGCCGAGCAGCUCGGUGUCGCCCGACUGCUGGACCCAGAGGAUGUAGACGUGUCAUCUCCAGAUGAGAAGUCUGUCAUUACUUAUGUAUCAACGUUAUACGAUGUCUUUCCAAAAGUCCUGGAAGGAAUGGAUGGCAUCAAUGCAAAUGAUGUGGAUAUUAAAUGGGUUGAAUAUCAGAACAUGGUGAAGUAUCUCAGCCAGUGGAUCAAACACAAUGUGACUGUCAUGAUGGACAGAAACUUUCCCAGCAAUCCUGCUGAACUAAAGGCACUUUAUACACAAUAUCUUCAGUUUAAAGAGAACGAAAUACCACCUAAAGAGAACGAAAAGACCAAAAUAAAACAUCUAUACAAAAUGCUAGAGAUGUGGAUUGAGUUUGGACGGAUUCAGCUCCCUCAAGGCUAUCAUCCUAAUGAUGUGGAGAAGGAAUGGGGAAAGCUGAUCGUGGCUAUGCUGGAGAGAGAGAAGAGCCUGAGGCCUGAGGUGGAGAGACUUGAGAUGCUACAACAAAUUGCAAACAGAGUCCAGCGAGACUGCAUAACAGGAGAGGACAAAUUAGCCCUAGCGAGGACGGCUCUGCAGUCGGAUGCCAAGCGGCUGGAAUCAGGGAUUCAGUUUCAGAAUGAAGCCGAGAUUGCCGGUUAUCUGCUGGAGUGUGAGAAUCUGUUAAGACAGCAAGUGGUGGAUAUUCAACUGCUAGUGGACAGCAAAUUCUACCUGGCUGAUCAACUUGUUCAAAGGGUGUCAAAAGUCAGAGAUGAACUGUUGGCUUUAAGGACGGAGUGUUCCUGUGUGUAUAAUAAAGGACGCACACUGACCUCAGAACAGACCAAGAUGAUGAUCUCCGGCAUCACGCAGAGCCUGAACUCUGGCUAUUCACAAAACUUCAGCGCUGGACUUUCUCCCGCCCUGACUUCAGCGCUCACACAUGGAGGCCUGGUCACGAUGGGCAGUGGCCACAGCCCUGCACUGACCCCGGCACUGACCCCUGCACUGACCCCAGGCAUGCAGCCCACCUCGGUUCAAGCUUUCCUCAACGGUAGAGGUGGAGGAGGAAUGGAGCCUGCCGUCUUUCAGCAGUUCAAACACAUGCAGAUCCGCAAGCCCAUGCUCAAGUCAUCCUUCAUGGAUCCAAACCUGACAGAGGAUGAAGUCAAUAUGAAGUUUGUGCAGGAUCUGCUUAACUGGGUGGAGGAAAUGCACGUUCAGCUGGAUCAGGCGGAGUGGGGAUCCGAUCUGCCAAGUGUUGAAUCAAAUUUAGAAAACUAUAAAGACAUGUACAAAGCCAUCGAAGAGUUCCAGAUGAGCAUUAAAGAAGCCAAAAUGAGUGAGAUUCAGAUGACUGGGCAGUUGAAACACAGUUACUCAGAGAAGUUGAACAAGUUAGAGAGCCAGUACUCCAGACUGCAGAAAUCCUCCAUCGAGAGGCAGAGACACCUCGACAGCUUGUAUGACUUUGUAUCACGUGCCACUCAGGAGCUGAUCUGGCUCAAUGAGAAAGAGGAAGAAGAAGUGGCUUUCGACUGGAGCGAGCGGAACAGUAACAUCUCACGAAAGAGGGAUUACCAUUCAGAUCUCAUGAGAGAACUGGAUGAUAAGGAAGAGGUGAUAAGGUCAGUCCAGGAGAAAGCAGAAAACCUGCUUUUGGAUAAUCAUCCUGCCAGGCUGACUAUCGAGGCAUAUAGAGCGGCCAUGCAGACUCAAUGGAGCUGGAUACUGCAGCUUUGUCACUGUGUGGAGCAACAUCUGAAAGACAACGCUGUUUACUUUGAUUUUUUCAACGAUGCCAAAGAGUCUCUGGAUUACCUUAAGAGUCUCCAAGAUGCCAUUCAAAGGAAGUAUGGAUGUGACAGAACCAGCAGUUUACAUCGGCUGGAGGAUCUGAUUCAAGAGUCUAUGGAUGAGAAAGAACAGCUCUUGAAAUACAGCAGCACUGUGGGUGGAUUAGUGGGACGAGCAAAGUCUGUUGUUCAACUCAAAGCCCGAAACCCUGAGAAUCCCAUCAGGAGCUCCAUACCUGUGAAAGCCAUCUGCGAUUACCGUCAGAUCGAGAUCACCAUCGGCAAAGAAGACGAAUGUAUCCUCGUGAGCAAUUCUCACCGAGCCAAGUGGAAAGUUAUCAAUCCCUCUGGAAAUGAGGCCAUGGUACCUUCAGUCUGCUUCAAUGUGCCACCGCCUAAUAAAGAGGCUGUAGAAAUGGCAAGCAGGAUUGAGCAGUUGUAUCAGAAUGUUCUGGCAUUGUGGCAUCACUCUCACAUUAACAUGAAGAGCGUGGUAUCUUGGCACUAUCUGAUGACUGACAUCCGUGCCAUCCGCAAAAGCACCGUCGCCUCGAUCAAGACCCUGCUGCCGGGUGACCACCAGCAGGUUUUGAGCAGUCUGCAGUCUCACUUUGAGGACUUUCUGAAGGACAGCGAUGAAUCCGAGGUCUUUACAGUGGCUGACUGCACACAGCUGGAGAAGGAGGUGAUGGCGUGUAGGGAGUAUUAUGAGGAGCUGCUCACAUCUGCUGAGAGAGAAGAACACGAGGAGUCUGUUUACAACAUGUUCAUAUCUGAGGUGCGCAACUUCCGCAUGCGGGUGGAGGCUCACGAGGAACAGCUGAUUCGGAAAAUCCGCACCCCACUGGACAGAGAUGACCUGCAGGAGUGCAUGCUGCAAAUCACUGAACAAGAGAAGAAAAAGUUAGAUCUGGAUAGGUUUAAGGAAGACCUUGAGAUCCUGAAAGAGAAGUGUGAGGUUUUCCUCAGACAAGCAGGCGCCUCUCCGUCUAUCCCCACACUUUCCUCUGAGCUCAAUGUCCUCACCCAGAGCAUGAACCAGGUGUACUCCAUGUGCUGCAUCUACCUAGAGAAGCUAAAGACAGUGAGUUUGGUGGUAAAACACAGUCAGAGCGCAGAAGCUCUGGUCAAACUUUAUGAAGCUAAGUUGUGUGAGGAGGAUUCAAUCAAUGCCGACAUCAAAUCCAUUUAUGGUGCCAUGAGCACGCUCAAGCAAUGGAGGUCUGAAAUCGAUGAGAGACGUGAAGUAUUUCAUGACCUGGAGGAUGAGCUUCAAAAGGCUCGAGUGAUCACCGAACGCAUGUUCAAGACUCACAACGAGCGAGACUUUGAUUUGGAUUGGCACAAGGAGAAGGCCGACCAGCUGAAAGAGAGAUGGCAAAACAUUCAUGCGCAAAUCGAAAACAGGCUCAGAGACCUGGAAGGCAUCAGUAAGUCUCUCAAGUACUAUAAAGACACAUACAACAGCCUGGAUGAGUGGAUCAAAGAAAUGGAGACCAAACAGCUCAAGGCCCAAGAGAAUCAACCUGAGGACAGCAAAGCUCUGGCUGAGUUCCUUAACCAACAGAAAGUUCUAGUGGCAGAUAUUGAACAGAAACAGAGCAAAAUUGAAGAGUGUCAGAAGUAUUCUGAACAGUAUGCAAUUGGAGUGAAAGACUGUGAAUUACAGUUGAUGACCUACAGAGCCAUGGUUGAAUCUCAGCAUAAGUCUCCUGUAAAGAGGAUGAAGAGACAGAGUUCCUCUGAUGUCAUUCAGCAAGAGUUUAUGGACCUUCGUACACGUUACACUGCCCUGGUUACUCUCAUGACACAGUAUGUGAAGUUUGCAGGUGAAACCCUGAAGAGGGCAGAGGAGGAUGAGAGAACUGUUGAGGAUGAGAAGAAAGAACAUGGUGAUAAAGUAAACAAGUUGUUGAACUCGAUGUCCAGUAUGAAAUCGAAUCAAAACAAAGAUGGAAAGACUCUCAGUGAUCGUAAACCCAGUACUGAGAGCUCUAGUAAGCCCCAGAUGUCAGUGGAAGAAAUGGUUUCAAAGAAGGAACAAAUUGCAGAAGCUCUGAGGACUACACAGAUGAUGCUUACCAAACACAGUGAUAAAAUGACUGAGGAAGAAAAGCAAGAAACAAAAGAGCACCUCAGAUCUCUUCAACAGGCCUACAGCGAGCUCUCCCAACAGUGCGAAGAUGUGAAUUCUGCUGCUGAUCGGAUCAUUGAGGGCAUUCUGGAUGUUGAAAGCGGAGCUGUGUUGACUGUGUGUGGCGCUGUGCAGAAUGGCCUCCUGGAUGACAACACUGCACUCAGUCUUCUUGCUGCGCAGCUUUUGACCACUGGACUCCUUUCGCCCGAACAACACUUGUGUAUGGACUUGGAUGAAGCAUUUAAGUCCAGACUUGUGGAUAAAUCAAUGUUCAAGCAAUUGCAAAACCUGAAUGAAGCUAAAAAACGUCUUCAGGAUUCUCAGUAUGCUCUGGAACCCUUGCCUGUUAUAACAGCCUUGAAUAAUGGGGAUGUGUCUGAGCAAACAGCCUUAACGAUCCUUGAAAUCCAGUUAGCGACUGGAAGCUUAAGACGGACAAACACUGGAGAUAUCCUUAAUCUAGAGAGGGCUUUCCAACUUGACCUGGUACCUCACUCACUGUUUUUCAAGAUAUUGGAGAGAAGGAACACAUGCCAGGACUUGAUCGACCCCAACACUGCAGAAAAAGUUUCACUUAGUGAUCUUUUGCAGAGGAGUUUAAUCCAUGAACCGACGAGACUUCGGCUGCUUCCUGUGAAAAUCCGAAAUGAUGGAACUAUACCCCUGACACAUGGAGAAGAUAUUAGCAUUAUGAGGGCUGCACAUGAAGGGAUCAUUGAUAGAGAGACCAUGCUUCGGCUGUUGAGCACACAGUUGUUUGCAGGGGGUAUUGUUGACCCCAGCAUAAGUCAAAAGCUAACCGUUGAAGAGGCCGUAAACAUAGGGAUGAUUGAUCAGGACACUGCCAGUGAAAUACUGAGCCAUCAAGCCCAAACUGGUGGUAUUGUUAAACCUUGCACUGGGGACAGACUUACAGUCGACGAGGCCGUUCAGUGUGAGUUAAUAAGCUCCAGCAGUGCAUUGUUGGUCUUAGAACGACAAAAAGCAUUCAUGGGUCUGCUUUGGCCUCACACUGGUGAAAUCCUCUCUUUCUCAACUUCCCUCCAACAAAAAAUAGUCACUGAUCAACUGGCAACUGAACUGCUGAAUAAGCGAAAGAUGAUAACAGCCUUGUAUAUCCCUGAGAAUUCAGAGGUAGUUGACAUUGACUCCGCAGUGCAGUAUAAUUUGAUAGACACAUUCACAAAAGACCUGUUGAAAACUUUAGAAAUCCCAGAUGUGUUUCCUGAUACCGAUGAGCUAAAUGACAGGUUUUCUUCUUGGCUGGUAAGGCGGGAGCUACAGAUCAAAGAAUUUCAGGGAUCCAAUGAAGAAAUAAAGAGUGACGGGUGUGUCACAAAUGCUCCAUCUACUACUGACGCAAAACAAAUCUUUCUUUCAUACCUCAUGAUGAACAGCUAUAUGGAUCCAAUGUCAGGUCAGAGGCUUUUGGUUUUUGACAGGCAGGUAGAUAAAAUGGCUAAAUUGCUCUUUGUCGAGACAGCUGAAGCAGAAUGUGCUGCCAAGAUUAUCCCAACUGUAGAUGAUUCUGAGGAGUCUCUAAUGAAUAUGAACAUUUCUGACUUUGUGGACGAAUCUCUUGUCGGCAACGUUGGUGCUUUGGAGGAAUUGCAAAUAUGUGAACCAUCAGAGAGGAAAACUGAGGAUGAAGUUGAGGCAGAGGAUGCUAAAGCAUUACCAAAUAAUUUUGAGUUUACUUUAAACUCUGAACCAGAUGUCAAUAUCUUAGAAAUAGAAGAAACGUUUGAAGCUUUCCUAAGCAGUGGUCAACAAAUGACUACAGUAGAAACUCAGAAACCAGAUAAGGAUUCUACAUGUUUACACACUGACAACUGCCAAUCUGAUAGGACUGACAUGGGUUCCCUUCAUCUGUCACAAGCAAUGCAGUUACCACAAACAACCUUUAUUGCAUCAGAAACUCCCAUAGGUUUGUAUUUAGUAGUAGAUCAUUUUGUAUGUGAUGACACCACUGAAAAAGACCAAGAAAGAAAUUCAUCAUCCUUACCUUACCUAAUGUCUAUUGAAACAAGCAGUAAUAUAGAAAUGACAUCUGAAUUCCCACAUUCUCGGGUUUUGUGCGAUAGCCAACUCGAGAGGGAUUUUGCCAUCCAUCUUCUAAGGGCACAAGUAGAGGAAGGAGGGAUUUUAGAUGUCACCACUGGAAAGCGAUAUGAUCUUGAUGCUGCUCUCAAUAAAGGCCUAAUUGAUGAAGACACUGUUUUAGAAGUACUUGCUGUAGAGCUUCAAGAACGCAGUUUCAAAGAAAAUGAAAGUGUUACGAUGUCCAUUUUGAAGAGGUCAGUGAGUAAAGGGUACAUAUCAAAUAAGGUGGCUUCACAUAUCAUGGAAAAGCAGAACAUGUUGGGUGGUUUCUACACUGGAGCGGUUGAAAAAAACAUCAGUGUUUGUGAGACUUUAGAAACAGGUCUGAUUACUGGUGAUAGUAGUCGAAGUGUUCCCUCUUCAGAGCCAACAAAUAAGGCUAUAAUCGAUCAAGAGGUAAAGUGUUUACGCAGUGUUUCAGAUGCCCACCAAAUGGAAAUGUUGGAGGAUGAAGAGGUGAAGAGAAUGUUGCAUUCACAGCAGGACAGAAGUGUAAAUAUUAUGGUACUUGACUUUGACAAAGAUCAGCUCGGACAAACAGAUCCUUUAUACUCAAAAUUAGAUGAAGCCACGCAGGUGACUUCAGAUAUAGCACAUCUAAGCAAGUGCCAGGAUCCUCUGGUGCCCACAAUUGCUGUACAUGACCCUCCAAGUGAUGAUGUUCCAGUCAUCUAUAAAAAUGUAAGUGACAACAAUGAGAUUGACAAAGUUGCAGAGAGUAACGGAAUAGGGGUAGAUAAUGUAAAUUGCAGCAACUCAAAGAAGCCUAACACUGUACUAGAAACUCUAGAUGAAGAAGGAAGUUUCACAGAAGAGCAAGAUGAGGCUGAAUGCCUGAGUAAAAAGGAUGAGACUUUUGUUUGUCUUGAAGCUGAAUGCUUUGUAUCUGAUCUCUGCGAGGCGGGUUAUAUUGAGACAACAGCGAGUCAGGUCCAUUGCCCUGUACAGACUAACUCUGGCAUUUCAUGUUCAUCACAAAGUGACAUCUGCUCAAACAAAAGACAAGCAGAAAGCAACGUGUAUUCUGAACAGGAAACCAACAGUUUCGAAAACGAGUCCGAAAUAUCACAUUUCCCCGUAAAGGGACUCUCUAGCAAGAGCUUUAGUACUCUGCAACCAGAGGUAAUUUAUGUUGCACCACUGGAAACACUAGCACAGACUUCAUGUGAAUCAAGGGCCAAGUUUCCACCAGAGAUGAAUUUAAGCAGUAAUGAUCAGCUUACAUCAGCUCAGGGUUUACAACCUCAAACAGAAGAUAUUUCUCCUCAAUCCACAGUGUUCUGUAAAGCUGUUGACGAGGAAACAGAUAAGGAGCAGUUUGACGAAACUUCAAAGUGUAGUAAAGACCCUAAAGAAAACAAAGGUGUGCUUGAGCCCGUGGACAAGAGUUUGGAAAAGUUUGUAAAGGUACCCAUGACAAAAAACAAUCAUACCCAUAAGUCCAGAGUGGUUCGUAUUGAGGGCAGCACUGACAGUGAGAAUACACAAAACAAUGAUCUUGAAGGGUCGAUAGGGUUUGAAGGAUCUGAGCAAGCAAUUGAAGUCAACUCAAAAGAUGCAGCUGAAUCUACAGUUAAUUCUAAAUCACUUGAGUCACCAUUACCACUUGAAAUGCCGGCUGAAGCUAGUCAAGGGGAUUCAAAUAACGGUAUAAAUAUCAUAGACCACCUUAGUGAACAUGAAAUAUUAUGUAACCAUGUUGCCCCAAAGACUGAAAUGGAUGAUGUAGUCACAGUAGAUGCCUCAGAUUUUGAAAUAGACAAUGAACAGGACCUGGUUCAAACCGUGGAGUCAGUCAGCACCUCAGCUUCCUGUUCGGACCACAUGUUCAUAGAAUUCAAGGAAAUGCAGUCUACCUCCAAACUGCCAAGUGCUUCGGUCACAGAAAUGCUGAAACUGGAUACUAAACGAAGCAAAUAUGUCUACAAAAAUCUUCAAAGUGGGGAUGAAUUAGUCACUGGAGAUUUACAUCAGGAUAUAUCUUUUCCUCUACCUCAGCAGGAACUGAAAGAAAGUGAAAUUGUUCCACAACUAGUGGACAGCAGCGAUUUUAAAAUAUUUUUAAGUGAACUACUUCAGAUGAACGCAGAAGGGUUAAGUGCUGAUGAGAUGCAAAAACGAAAAUGUCAAGUCAUUGAUAACAUUAUUGAAAUCAUUCAACGUCACCCCACGCCCUUUAAUGCUAAUCAACCCAACUUCACUGAGAGAAGCAUGGAUCCAGAUAUACUGCUAGAUUUGAAAAAACAUGGACUAGAUUUAGGAGAGGAACAGAAAUGUGCAGCUGAACCGCAUCAUCAGUCUGGUGUUGGAUUCCUACAGUCUCAGCUGCAGGAGAUGAUUCAGGGGAUCUCCAUUUGCAGGGAUCAGGGCAUGCUCAAGGACAGGAUCGAAAAAUUAAGCACUGGCCUUAAAGAUAAUAAUAUAGACGUCAACAGCACAGAGGUUGAAGUUAAAGAUGAUGCCAUUGCAUUUGAUGUCUGUCAGGCAACCACCUCCAACCACCAGGAAUCUAAAGCAGUUCAUCAAAACUCAAAGCAAACGGAUGGGAUCAAUGUCAUACCUGCAGGAUUCUCAACCCAGAAUUACUUGGAAUGUGUUGGGAGACUCCAGGAUCAUUAUGAUACUCUUGAAGAUAUAAGAAAUGACUUGGUGACCAGAUGUCCAGUAGCAGAAGAUAUCGAGGGUUUGCACAGUCAGCUGGAGGAAGCUCAGUGUCUGGAAGCACAGCUCGGUCAUCUCCCUGCUAUGCUAACAGCAGAUCUGAACGUUUCCGAGCAGCUUCUGAAUGCUGCUAAUGAACUUGUUCCCACUCAAAUCCAACAAGAUCUGUCUACAGUUUAUGUAGAUUUACAGAACGCUUUCACAGAUGUUUGCCAUUUGUCAGCUGAGAGAAGUAAUGCUAUUCUACUAGCGAUUGACACAGUGAAGCUCCGUUUGGACACCUCAUAUCAGGAUUUGCUGGGCUGCCUUGAUAUGAUCUCAGCUCGUGUACAAGACAAUUCUGAAGAGCUGUCCAAGCUGGAUAUCACAAACACAGAUGACAGAGAACAAAUUAAAGACAAGAUACAACAAAACAAGGAUAUACAGAGGAACUUAUCAGGAACGCGACAGCUGUUGGAAGAUGCUGCUUUUGAUAUUCAAAACUUUAUUUCUGAUCACACUCAGUUCUUGAGUCCCGCUCACAGCAGACAUCUUCUGAAAGCUCUCAGCAGCACGCAGAGAACCCUAAAAGAGCUAACAGACAGAGUUUUCACUCACAUGCAAACUCUGGACAUCCAGCUGGAGAUCUGUGAGGAUAAGACUCAACAGCAGGCUGCUGUGGAGAAGCAAAAAGAGUUUUCAGAGAAGCUACAGGAGCUGUUGGGUGAUCUGAAGGAGACAGAGAACCGGCUCAUUGGACACCAGCAGCAGGCUGCCAGUGCAAAGACUGUGGGAGACCUCCAGCAAAACCAACAAGAACAUCAGGCUCUACAGAAAGACCUGCAGGCCAAUGCCAAUGCCCUCAACGAAGUCAUGAGCAGCACUCAAAAGUUCCUGGAAGAGAAUCACAGUAAACUCAGUCCAGAGCAGAUAUCGGCUCUAGAGAACAAACUGGAAGAACUGAAGAGCAAGGCGAAUCUGCUUAACCAGACGGCAGAAGAGUCCAGGAAAGAUCUGGACAAAGUGUUGACAAGUGCCAUUAAGCAAGAGACUGAAAAGGUAGCAGCUGUUGAGCAACUUGAAGAGAGCAAAAACAAGAUUGAAAAUCUUCUGGGCUGGAUCUCCAACAUUGGAAAAGAGAAAGAAAUGGGUGGAGUGCAAAAAGACCAGAUGCUCAAACAGAAUGGAAACAUGCCGGAGAAGACAUCACUGAACAGAAUAAUAGAACAGGGGGAUGAUCCUAAUGGAAAUGCUUUAGACGCUACAGAUAACGCAUGUCUAGACGCCUCUGAAGACCAUGAGAGUGAAGCCCUGGACUUGGAUAAGCAGUAUGAUCGCGUUCAAGCCCAUCAUAAGGAGAUCUUGUCUCAGCAGCAGGAUCUGAUUGUAGCCACACAGUCAGCGCAGGCUUUGCUGGACAAACAGGCUCAGGUGCUGUCGCCCGCUGAGAAAGAGAAGCUCCAGAGGGACAUUAAAGAACUAAAGGGUCGCUACGAUGCCUCUCUCACCCUGGCUGAGCAGCAGAUGAAACAAGUCCAGACUGUUCAAGAGGAGCUGCAGAAGUUUCAGAGCAACUGUGAUGAGUUUGAGACGUGGCUGAAACAGGCACAGGACAGGGUGGAGGAGAUGAGAAUGCCGGCUGCGGGUCUAGACACCCUGAGUAAUAAUCUACAGAGACAGAAGAGUUUUUCUGAGGAUGUCAUCUCUCAUAAAGGAGACCUGCGCUUCAUCACCAUCUCAGGUCAGAAGGUGUUGGAGGCAGCACGGGGUUGUCAUCGUGGUGAAUCUGGCGGUACGGACGGGUUGUCGGCGAUAGACAUGUCUGGGACUAGUGCCGCGGUGAAAGAAAAGCUGGACUCUGCUGCCAGCACUUACAAAGCUCUGCACAUGCAGUGUAAUGAUCUUGGAAACAAUCUCAGAGAUGUUGUGGAGAGGUACAGGAGGUAUGAAGAUGCCAGCGGAUCUCUGGUGAAGUGGCUCAAUGAUUCUGAGCAAGAGUCCAGAAGACAGCAGUCUGAACCCAUCGCUGGAGAUCCACAAACAUUACAGAGACAGCUGGAGGAAACCAAGAGUCUUCAAAGGCAGACCACAAACCAUCAGUCUGCCGUUGACACACUGAGAAAAGCAGCUGAGGCUGUGAUCACUGCAGAAGGCGAUCUGCUGUCCAAUCCAGAUGAGAUUCAAGAGACAGUCGAUGACAUCAUCGAAAGAUAUGACAACCUGUCGAAGUCAGUAAGCGACCGCAACGAAAAGCUGCAGGUGACCCUGACUCGCUCUCUGAGUGUUCAGGACGGCCUGGAUGAGAUGAUUAAGUGGAUGGAGAAGGUGGAGGAGAGUGUGAAGGAAAUUCCACAAGUGCCACUUGAUUCAAAUGCUCUUUCACAUGCGCUUAGCAAAGAGGCUGCCCUGGAGCAGGACAUGUCCAGUAGGCUGAGCAGCAUCACCACCAUGAAGACAAAGGUGCAGACGUUUGUGGAGAGUGCUGACCCGGCGGCUGCUGCUCUGCUGCGGGAUAAGAUGGAGGCGUUGUCUAAGCGCUUUACGGACGCCUCUCAGCAGCACAGACAGAAGAUGACUCAGAUGGAACAGCUCAGAGACAAGGUGGAGCAGUUUGAGAAGACAUCUGAGAAGGUUCAGCAGUUUGUGGUGAAGAGCUCGAAGGCUCUCGCAGAGACUGACGGACCUGGAAAGAACGUCACUGAGCUCUCUCAGCUCAUCCAGGACUCGAACGCAGAGUUAGUCGAGCAUGCUAAGGAUGUGGAAACCCUUCGAAAACUAACGGAUGAACUCAGCAAGAUGAGUCCUGAUGGUAGUAAAGCUCUUAUUCAGAGCAAGAUGGAGAACAUAUCCAACAGCUUCAAUGCUUUUAAAGAUACCGUUCAAGAAAAAAAGCAGGAGGUUUCGUCGUGCCAGAAGCAGCUGCUGGAGUUUAAAGCAGCCGCGGGGGUGUUAAUGAAAUGGCUGGAGGAGACAAAAGAGCAAGUGCCAGUGCUUCAGCCCAACUGCAAUGAGCCAGGCCUGAGAAAAGAGCUGCUGAAAGUAAACGGCUUGUUGGAUGAAUGGACGUCUAAGGCUCCACCAGUUCAGGAUAUAAAUAGCAAAGGGUCUGCUUUAUGUAGUCUAAUCAGUGUUUUGACAUCACCGGCCAAAGCCAAAACACAUCACAGCGCAGGAUUGGCUGUUGGUGAUGGUUCUGGCCCAGGAAGCCAAUCAUAUCUGACAAACCAAGAGUUGAUGCUGAUACAGCAGAACACGUCCGGCAUUAACAGCAGUUACGAGGAUCUCGGAGAGCUGUUAAAGGCCAGAUCCUCUGAGCUCAGUGAUCUGAUGAAGAAAAUCCAAGCGGUCCAUGAGCAGUCUGAUUCUUUAUUGAAGUGGAUAGAGGACACAAAGAAGACAGCAGCAUCUUCGAGAAACCCUCCAUCUGACUCUGUAAAAACGCAGAUAGAGCAACAGAAGGCCUUUGAAGAGAAUAUGAAAGAAAAGCACAAACAGGUCCUGCAGCUGAGAGAGAGCUUGCGCCGUCUGAUCGAGGAACACCCCGAUUCACCCGAAGCAGAAAAGUGGAAGCACAUGCUGGCAAAGAUCGAUGCAGGGUGGGAGGAGGUCAGGGGCACAGCGGAGAUCAGGAAGCGGCAUCUGGAGGAGUCAUCCCGAAUGCUAGAGCUCUUUCAGACGACUCAACCGCAGCUCUCGCAGUGGCUGCAGGAGAAAGAGCUGAUGAUGAGUGUGCUGGGUCCUCUGUCUGUAGAUCCCAACAUGCUUAAUACACAAAAGCAACAAGUCCAGAUUCUCCUGAAGGAGUUUGACAGCCGCAAACCUCAGUUAGAGAAGUUAAACGAGGCUGCCACAUCCAUAGCUAACGCAUCAGAGGAGAAGCAGGAUCCGGCUGUAGAGAAGGUUAAAGAACAACUGGCAUCAAUCUCACAGAAAUGGCUGAACCUGACCGGCCAGCUGUCUCAGAGACAUGCCCUUAUCGAGAAGGCUGUAGGUAAAACCACUCAGUUUCAGGAGCUCUUACACAGCCUCAGUGAAAGUGUUGCCUGCCUGGAGAAUGAACUUCGGAACCAGCAGACCCUCAGCACCCAGCCUGAUGAAGUGAAGAAACAGAUGGAGUCCACCAAUGAAGUCCUGGCACAGUUGCGAGGGGAGAAGAAGAGGCUAAAGGAGGCAGAGAUCAUCUGCUCAGAGCUUUCUGCCAUGGUGACUGAAGAGUACCUCAGAACGGACUUGACAAAGCAGCUCGAGAGCGUCUCCAAACCAUUUAAACAACUGGAGGACAAAGCAGGAAAGCGCAUUGAGCAACUCAACUCAGCCUUUGCCAGCUCUCAGCAGUUCCAUCAGACAUCUAAAGACUUCCAGUCCUGGCUGAAUGAAACGCUUCAGGACCAGUGUAAACCCCAGCCCGUCUCCGCUCACGUAGAAAUGUUAAAACAUAGACUGAAAGAGAACGGUGUUGUUCAGAAGACCAUUUGUGAGCAUGAGGACUCCUAUAACACCAUCACGAGGGAGGGAGAAGCUCUCCUCCAAAGUACAGAAGGGGCAGAGAAGGUGGCCCUUCAGGGGCAACUCUCUGCUUUAAAAUCCAACUGGGACGAUGUGAAGAAAUGCAGUGCUGAGCAAGCUGGAAAGCUUCAAGGUGCCAUGCAGAAAGCAUUGAAGUACAAGGAAAUUUCUGAAGAUCUGAACUCAUGGUUGCAGGAAUGUGUAGUCAGGCAGAAGAGCGUGAAGCUUAGUGUGAACUUGGCGGAGGUCGAGAGCUCCGUCUCGCAGUUGAAGGCCAUACAGAAGGACCUUGACAAGCAUAGGGGGCAGGUUGUGAUGAUGAACGCUGCUGCAGACAGCCUCCUGGAAGUGGUCACUACGGAUGGCGAUACGGUUAGAGAGGAGAAGACGGCCAUUGGUAAAAGGGUGGAGAAGCUAACAGAAGAUUUACAGCUCAAGAAAGAAUCAUUAGAAAAUAUCUCACAGAAGAUGAAAGAGUUCAAUGACUUGCAAAAGGAAGCUAAAGUCCAACUGGAAGGUGCCAAGAAACAGCUCGAGGUUCAUUCUGUUUUGGGUGUCCAAGCCUACGGCACCAAGAACCUGACCAACAUGAAAGCCCAGCAGAACAGUUUGGAGGGUGUCCACAAGCAGAUUGAGGAUCUCAAAAAUCUUGCUAAAAGUCUUGUGGUAGAUGUCCCUGAGGUCGACGGUGUGACCGACCUUCUCCUUCGAGCGGACAGUCUUGAAAAGGACCACAUUUCUGUUACCAAAGAGGUGGAAGACGCUUGCUCCACCCUGGAGAACAAACUCCAAGGCAUCGGCCAAUUUCAGAACAGCAUUCGUGAAAUGUUUGCAAGCUUUGCAGAUCUGGACGACGAGUUGGACGGCAUGGCUCCGGUCGGCAGAGAUCUCGACACUCUACGGGGUCAGCAGAGCACUAUCAAAGACUUUGUAAGGAAACUUCAGGAUCUGAUGAGCAACACGGCCAAUGCCAAAGAAAGCUGCAAGAAGAUGAUGGAGUCUGAGGCCUCGCCAGAUCUACUGGGUCUGAAGAGAGAUCUGGAAUCCCUGAACAAGCAGUGUGGGAAGCUGAUGGACCGAGCAAGCGGCAGAAAAGAACAGGUUGAAGACACCCUGAGUCAUCUGGAGGGCUUCUACAACAAAGUGAAAGUAUUGACCCAAAAACUCAGUGAAGCUGAAAAGCAAGAGGAAUCCCAAGAGACUGUGGGACUGGAAACAGAGGUCAUUAACCAACAACUGGACUCUUUUAAGGCUUUUCAGAAAGAUGUUAUCGAGUCUCUUCAGAGCCAGCUGCAGGAGUUAAACUCUGUAGGUCACGGUUUGAUCCAGAACGCCUCCAAAGGCACCUGCACCAAGAGCCUUGAGCAAGACCUGGAGGAGCUCAACACACGGUGGAACACCCUACACAAAAAAGUUGCAGAGAGAUCUGCGCAGUUGCAUGAAGCGCUGCUGCACUGUGGCAGGUUUCAGGAUGCACUGGAGUCUCUUCUCAGCUGGCUCACAGACACAGAAGAGCUUGUGGCACUUCAGAAACCUCCAUCUGCAGAGUUCAAAGUGGUCAAAGCACAGAUACAAGAACAGAAGCUUCUGCAGAGAUUGCUGGAUGACCGAAGAGCAUUGGUGGAGCUGAUUAAGAUGGAGGGACUGAAGGUGACAGAGUUGGCUGACACUGUUGAUAAAGAGAAGAUCGCAAGAGAAAUCGAAUGCCUUGGGCAAAGGUGGGAUGCCCUACUUAAGAAAGCUGACAACAGACACAAGCAACUGGAGAGUAUUUUAGUGGUGGCACAGCAAUUCCACGACACCCUCGAACCUUUAACAGAAUGGCUGACUGCUACUGAAAAAAGGCUGGCAAACUCAGAACCCAUUGGCACCCAGACGGCCAAACUACAGAAGCAGAUUUCUCAGCAUAAGACCUUAGAGGAGGAGGUUAUGGGCCGCAGUAAGAUGUUGUGCCAGGCCAUGAGUCUCGGCCAGUCUCUGCGGGCGGUCAGCUGUGUGGAUGACAAGGAGCUGGUUCAGGCAAAGCUAGACAACACUCAGAGCGGCUAUAUUGAGCUCCAGGAGCAUUGUCGCAAGAGGUCGGAGCUGCUGCGGCAGGCUUUGGCUAAUGCGCGCGUCUUUGGGGAAGACGAGGUGGCCCUAAUAACCUGGCUCGAUGAGGUGCACAGCAAACUGAACGACAUCUCCGUCCAAGACUACACCACGAGCGUGCUUGCAAAACAGCAUGCUGAGCUGCUGGCUGUUCAUGAGGAUAUCGAGCUGAGGAAACAAAAUGUUGAGCAGGCCAUACUGAAUGGGUUAGAACUGCUGAAACACACCACAGGCGAUGAGGUUGUUGUCAUCCAAGGCAAGCUAGAUGGAAUAAAGUCAAGGUAUUCAGAGAUCACUACAAUGAGCAAUGAUGUUUCAAAGACUUUGGACAAAGCCCUGUCUCUGGCCACCAAACUGCAAAACACCCAUGAGGAGCUGAACUCCUGGCUAGAGAAGGUGGAGUCUGAUGUUUCCACGUUUGAAGCUCAAGAGGCAGUCGGAGAGCAGCUCAACAGCUUACAAGACAUACAGAAAGCUCUGCGGAAGGAGGUUAAAGAUCAGAAGCCACUGUUGGACUCUCUGAAUGAAGUGAGCAGUGCUCUGCUGGAUCUUGUGCCGUGGAGAGCAAGGGAAGGGCUAGACAGAAUGAUCACGGAUGACAAUGAACGCUACAGAUCGGCCAGUGAUGCUGUUAGCCAGCAUGUGGACCAGACUGAAGCUGCCAUCUUAAAAUCACAGCAGUUUGAGCAGGCAGCCGUCUCUGAGCUUGCUUGGUUUAAGGAAGCUGAGAAGAAGCUGUCAUCUCCUGGAGACGUGAGGCUUGAACCCGAGGAGGCUACCUCUCAGCUUCAGGCUCAGAAGAGCUUCUCCAUGGACAUUAUGAGACAUAAAGAUGCUGUUGAUGACAUUGUGAAGACUGGCGAGACCAUUAUGAACAGCAAAGAUCAGACGGAGAAGCAGACGCUGAGGAUGACUGUCCACGAUCUGUUGGAGAAGUAUAACACUGUGAGCCAUCUGAACUCCGAGCGUUGUCUUCAGCUGGACAGAGCUCAUUCUCUAGCCUGUCAGUUCUGGGAGACAUACGAAGAGCUCUGGCCAUGGCUGCAGGAGACCAGAUCCACCUUCAGCCAACUGUCCAAGCCAGCUAUUGAGUACGAAGCACUCAGACAACAGCAGGAAGAGCUGAGGCAAAUGAGGGAGCUGAUAGCCGAGCACAAGCCGCACAUUGACAAGAUGAAUAAAACCGGACCUCAGCUGGUGGAGUUGAGUCCGUCGGAGGGACAGCCCAUCAGAGAGAAAUACCAGACGGCAGAUAGAUUGUACAGCCAGCUUAAAGUCGACGUCAAACACAGAGCCGCUGCUCUCGAUGAGGCCAUCUCCAAAUCCACUCAGUUUCAUGAUAAGAUUGACCCCAUGUUGGAGUCUCUGGAGCGAAUCGCCGAGCGCCUCCGUCAACCUCCUUCCAUUUCAGUGGAGGUGGAGAAGAUACGGGAGCAGAUAUCUGAGAACAAAGCUGUGGCUGUAGACCUGGAGAAACUUCAGCCCUCGUAUGAGACCCUCAAACAGCGAGGAGAGGAGAUGAUCGCCCGCUCUGAAGGAGCAGACAAAGACCACUCGGCCAAAGCUGUUCAAGACAAACUGGACCAGAUGGUGUUUCUAUGGAGUGACAUCCAAGCUCUUUUGGAGGAAAGAGAGGGGAAGCUUCUGGACGUCAUGGACCUGGCUGAAAAGUUUUGGUGUGACCACUGUGCUCUCAUCGUCACCAUCAAGGACACGCAUGACCUGCUGAAAGAGCUGGAGGAGCCCGGAGUCGAUCCUUCAGUGGUCAAACAACAGCAAGAGUCCGUGGAGAGCUUCAGAGAGGAGAUUGAUGGACUUCAAGAGGAAUUGAAUGUGGUUCAGAAUCUGGGAGCUGAACUCAUGACAGCGUGUGGAGAGCCUGACAAACCAGUCAUUAAGAAAAGUAUAGAUGAGGUGAACUCUGCAUGGGAAACCCUGAAUAAAACAUGGAAGGAGAUAAUAGAGAUGCUGGAGGAGGCCAUGCAGGCAGCAGUGCAGUUUCAGGACAGUCUUCAGAACAUGUUUGACUCUGUGGAUAUUAUGCAAGGCAAACUUGACUCGAUGUCGCCUGUGGGCACAGACCUAGAGACUGUGAAACAACAGAUGGAGGAACUAAAGGAGUUUAAAGGUGAGGCGUACCAGCUGCAGAUCGAGAUGGAAAGGUUGAACCAUCAGGCCGGACUCCUGCUUAAGAAGGUGGUGGAGGAAGCCGACCGCAGCACCAUCCUGGAGCCAGUGAAUGAGCUCAAAAUGCUCUGGGAAAACCUGGAUAAAAAAAUUAUAAACAGACAGCACAAACUGGAAGGGGCGCUGUUGGCAUUAGGGCAGUUCCAGCAUGCUUUAGAUGAACUUCUGGCUUGGCUUACUCACACCGAAGAGCUGCUGAGUGAACAGAGGAAGGCCUGUGGUGACCCAAAAGCCAUCGAGAUCGAGCUCGCAAAGCACCACGUGUUGCAGAACGAUGUCCUGGCCCAUAAGAGAACGGUGGAGGCAGUUAAUAAGGCGGGCAGUGAUCUGAUAGAGUCCAGUGCUGGAGAGGAGGCCAGCGGUUUACAGAAAAAACUGGAGAAUCUCAAUCAGCGCUGGAAAACAAUCCUGGAAACGACUAAAGAGAGAAGGCUGCUUUUGGACAAUGCCCUGCUGCAGGCUCAAGGUUUCCAUGGUGAGAUUGAAGAUAUGCAGCAGUGGUUAAAAGACACAGAGCGUCAGCUGUUAGCAUCAAAGGCUCUGGGAGGUUUACCAGACACUGCCCGCGAGCAACUCGACACCCAUCUGGAACUGUGCAGGACACUGGAGGAAAAAGUGGACAUAUACAAGCACCUUCUUCAGAGAGGACAGCAGAUUUUGGCAUUGACCCCUGAAGAUCAAGACAGUAGAACUGAACAGGACCUGCGCAACCUGCAGGAGAAAUGGGAGAGUGUGCAGGCCAAAGUGACUGAGAGGAAGGUGAAACUGGAGGAGGCUCUGGUGAUGGCCACAGACUUUCACAGCUCCCUGCAGGAUUUCAUUAACUGGCUGACGCAGGUUGAGCAGACCCUCAAUAUGGUAUCUCCUGCCUCUCUUAUUCUGGAGACCAUCAUGUUCCAGAUAGAUGAGCAUAAGGUGUUUGUUAUUGAGGUGAACUCUCACCGGGAUCAGAUCAUGGAGCUGGAUAAGACAGGGACACACCUGAAGUACUUCAGUCAGAAGCAAGAUGUGGUGUUGAUCAAGAAUCUGCUGCUAAGCGUUCAGAGCCGCUGGGAGAAGGUGGUGCAGAGGUCGGUGGAAAGAGGGCGACUGCUGGACGAUGCAAAGAAACGGGCCAAACAGUUUGACGAGACCUGGACCAAGCUGAUGGAGUGGCUGGAGGAGUCGGAGAGAGCUUUGGAUUCAGAGCUUGAGAUUGCAAAUGAUCCAGACAGGAUCAAGAUGCAGUUAACCCAGCACAAGGAGUUCCAGAAAGCUCUGGGCAGCAAACACUCAGUGUAUGACACCACCAGUCGUACAGGUCGAGCUUUGAAAGACAAGACCUCUUUGCAAGAUGACAACCAGAAACUGGAUGACAUGCUCAGUGAACUCAGGGACAAAUGGGACACAGUGUGUGGAAAAUCUGUGGAGAGACAAAACAAGCUGGAGGAAGCUCUGCUGUUCUCUGGUCAGUUCUCAGACGCAUUGCAGGCUCUCAUCGACUGGCUGUAUAAAGUGGAACCACAGCUGGCUGAAGAUCAGCCUGUACACGGGGACAUAGACCUCGUCCUGAAUCUCAUUGACAGCCAUAAGGUUUUUCAGAAAGAGUUGGGAAAGAGGACAGGCAGUGUGCAGGCUCUGAAGCGUUCAGCUCGUGAUCUGGUUGAGAACAGCCACGAUGACUCGUCGUGGGUCAAAGCUCAAAUGCAGGAGCUGAGCACUCGCUGGGAGACGGUUUGCAGUCUCUCAGUGUCCAAACAGACACGACUGGAGCAAGCACUGUGUCAGGCUGAGGAGUUUCACUCCACUGUUCAUAUUCUACUGGAGUGGCUUGCUGAGGCUGAACAGAGUCUUCGCUUCCACGGCUCUCUGCCGGAUGAUGAAGAAGCCCUGCGAGCUCUCAUCGAGCAGCACAAGGAGUUUAUGAAGAAACUGGAGGAGAAGAGACUUGCCCUGAAUAAAGCUACGAGUAUGGGAGAAGCCAUCCUGUCCAUCUGCCACCCAGACUCCAUCACCACCGUUAAACACUGGAACACCAUCAUUAAAGCACGCUUUGAGGAGGUAACAGCCUGGGCCCGUCAGCACCAGCAGAGACUCUCCAGUGCUCUGAAUGACCUGCUGGCCACACAGGACCUGCUUGAGAAACUGCUGAACUGGCUCCAGUGGGCCGAGACCACGCUCUGUGAGAAAGACAAGGAACCCCUGCCUCAGGAGAUAGAGGAGGUCAAAACACUCAUAGCUGAGCACCAGGCUUUCAUGGAAGAGGUGACCAGAAAACAACCAGAUGUAGACAAAAUCACCAAAACUCAUAAACGGAAAGCUACAGCAGAUCCUCCAGUCCAAUCUCAAAUCCCUGUUUUGGAGAGAGGACGAGCGGCCAGAAAGAGAUCCCCUACACAAUCCAUGUACGCUGCAGCAUCUCAGGCACAGAUCGACACCAAGAACCCCAGAGUGAAUCUGCUGGUCAGUAAAUGGCAGCAGGUGUGGCUGUUGGCUCUGGACAGACGGAGGAAACUCAAUGAUGCUCUGGACAGACUGGAGGAGCUGAAAGAGUUUGCCAACUUUGACUUUGACGUAUGGAGGAAACGCUACAUGCGCUGGAUGAACCACAAGAAGUCACGUGUCAUGGAUUUCUUCCGUCGCAUUGAUAAAGACCAGGACGGCAAAGUCACAAGGCAGGAAUUCAUCGACGGCAUCUUAUCCUCAAAAUUCCCCACAAGUCGUCUGGAGAUGAGUGCCGUGGCAGACAUUUUUGACCGGGACGGUGACGGAUACAUUGACUACUAUGAGUUUGUGGCCGCUCUGCAUCCCAACAAAGACGCGUACAAACCAUUAACUGAUGCAGAUAAAAUUGAAGAUGAGGUGACUCGCCAAGUUGCAAAGUGCAAGUGUCCGAAGCGCUUCCAAGUAGAGCAAAUUGGCGCCAACAAAUACCGGUUCUACCUUGGAAACCAGUUGGGUCUCGUUCACUGCUUACACGACCCCUUAAUCGCCGAUGAGACUAUAACAAACAGGGACAGUCCAAAUCUAACCCCCCAUCUUCACGUUGCGGUUUUGGAAAGCUGUAUCCUGUUUGGAGAUUCCCAGCAGCUGCGGCUGGUGCGGAUCCUGCGCAGUACAGUGAUGGUGCGGGUGGGAGGCGGUUGGAUGGCACUGGAUGAGUUUCUGGUGAAGAAUGACCCGUGCAGAGUUCACCACCACGGGAGUAAAAUGUUGCGCUCAGAAUCAAAUUCUUCAAUUACUCAGUCUCCUAUAGGUUGGCAACUCUCACACUUUCUGUCCUUGAUCCAUCCCAGUGCCAAAGGAAGAACCAAUGUGGAGCUUCGAGAGAAGUUUAUUCUCCCAGAAGGCACCACGCAGGUGAUGGCCAGCUUUCGCUACAGAGGUCGAAGGUCACGGCCUUCCUCCAGAGGGCCGUCACCUAACAGAUCCAACUCCAGCCACUGCUGCUCUGCACAGCCCAACCCAACCGGAGCAAACACACCCAAGACUCCCCAACAUUUAUCUCGCAAUUAUGAUAAACCCUGGCUGACAAACAGCAAAUCAGCUUCUCCUCUUAAAUCAUCUGACUCCUUUGACAGCCAAGGGUCAUCCAAUGAGACCACUCCCAUUCAGGGCAGUAAGCUUCGUCUUCCAGGAUAUUUAUCAGGAAAAGGCUUUCAGUCUACAGAAGAGGGAGCGUUGAUCAAUGCUGCAGUGAUGAAGGCCAGAGGUCAAGUGAAAGGCUCUGGUAAGAUUCCGAGCAGACCGGGCAGCAAAGCGGGAAGUCGAGGAAGCAGCCGGCGGGGCAGCGAUGCCUCAGACUUUGAUAUUUCUGACAUCCAGUCAGUCUGCUCGGAUGUAUUAGAGACGGUGACAGACUCGGGACGCCCGACACCCCGGUCGGCAUCACGACAGCAAGGCAGCAAACCCACCAAAAUCCCUACACCCCAAAGGAGGAGCACCCCUACUAGCAAACUAGUCAAUAUAUCCAAGAGAUAGUCAACAGUCCAAGUCAACAGCCACCGUUACCCAAAAGCAGCGCACGCUUGAGAGAGACUGGAUGGAUGUAGAUCACAUUAAAGACUAAAGUGUUACUUUAAAGCGUAGAGAGGUGUAAAUUAUUCUGUUGUGAAGGUGAAAAAGGAAUAUCAUGUGGAGUGUGUAUGUGUCUGUGUGUGGUAUGCAAUUGACCUUGUGUAUUUGUCCUGUACUUUAUGUGAAUAAUGUUGCGUUGUUUUCUGUUUGAUCGUUGAACAAGAAAAGACUGUACGUUCUUAGAUAAACUAACACUUUUCCACAUGUUUGCGUUGAGGGAGAAACUGAAUGUACAGUCAUUUCUUUGAGCUGACAAGCUUGUCGGCUAUGAUAAUAAUAAUAUGCCACUGUAUUCUGCACCACAGUUAUUUAUUCAUCUAUUUAAAAUGCAAUGACAAGCUGCUGUUAUGCAUUAAGGGCAAUACAAUACUUUCACUUUAACCACAGCUACUGUUCACAUAUUGCAGUUAACCCUGAUCAUGGCCUUUAAACUCACUAACAUACAGUACCUGCCUGCAGCGUUCCCAAAUAAUGUUUCUUUCGAUCAAAUCGCAGAUCGUGUGCCACUUUACUGUGACUAAAAGACAUUGAAAAGUGCAGACAUGCCUGUAUAUUCUGUUUGCCUGACUGAUGCAGACUACUCACAACCUUUUUGUAAUAAAUCUGCUUGCAGAAAGA